AGACAUCCACUCAGGGCCCUCUAUAAGACCAGCCAAUACUCUUCCCGCUGUUCACAUUUCUGCCAAGAAAUUAAAGGAAAACAAACUUCUCAUCUCUCCUGAGUUGAGCCUGAGCAAGCAAGCAGCCUCUCCUCUGGUGCUCAUCGAUCAUAUGGCUCAGAGAGCGAGUCGUCUAAUUAAAGAGUUUGAUAACCGGUGCUAGCAGAAGGUGGUGCUCCGGGUCCCGGCCAUGACCGACGACAAGACGAAGCAGAAAGCCAUGGAAGCCGUCGCAGAUAUCUACGGCAUCGAUUCGAUCGCGGCAGACCUCAAGGACAGCAAGAUGACGGUGAUCGGCGACAUGGACACCGUGGCCAUCGCCAAGAAGCUGAAGAAGCUGGGGAAGAUCGACAUCGUCUCGGUCGGCCCCGCCAAGGAGGAGAAGAAGCCGGAGAAGAAGGAAGAGAAGAGAGAGGAGACGAAGAAGGAUGAGAAUAAGAAGCCGGCGGAGGGGGAGAAGAAGGACAAGAAGCAGUGAAAACUCGGUCUGAACUGAAGAAGUAAGGAAGCAAGCCAACGGAAUCACGUAAAUCCGGCGAAAAUCUCGGCUGAGAGUGAGAGCUGCGUGGUGUGUCCCCAUUGCCGAAUCGCUUGCCUUGUGUACCUUUCUGCUACUGGCUACUGCUACGCACAAGAAAUCGAGACGUUUAUUUUUUUUUAAAGAAAAAGUCGAGACGUUUACGCUAUCAA